UGUGUGAUGGCAGCCUGUACUGAGGCUGCUCUACGCUGUUUUUUAUCCCCAGGACGCAGAAUCCCCAUAAAUCCUCGCUCCUCUGCUCGGAAAGGCUGUAUAAUAAAGACGUCACCCUGCUGCUCCGGCUGCUUCACCCAAGUGCGCAGCAGCUAUUUGUAAGCCGCUCCAGCUCCACCAUGCCCGCGGAGAACGUGGGGAUUUCUCUGACAUCCACUCGCGUGGAAACGAGAUUUGCGUCAGAUCCACAGCAGAGACAGCCCUAAAAUUCCACUGGAUCUCUCUACAGAAGUAAAUUACUAUUUUUUUUUUUAAAAGGACUCGAUCGCAUUGCGGGCCACAUUAUCGCACCUGAGACCCAGGACGUGGAUUUAAAGGAGUCAUGGAUGAAAUGGCUACAGUAGCCCUGGCUCCUGCCUCUGCUGCUGUCCCAUCAACCCCAAGGCCUCCGCCUUGCUCGUUUACCCUUUCCCGCAGCCUUUUGGAGUGGAGACGAAGGGUAAAGUCUGAGUAUAUGCGCCUUCGCCAGCUGAAACGCCUUAAAAAAGUCGACGAGGUGAAGACCUUGUUCAUGUCCAACAGACAAAAGAUUGAGCAACAGACAAAUCUGCUGAACACAGAGUGGUCCAAGCUGAGGAUUCAGUCCGUCCCCAUAUCAACGUUUAGUGGAGCUCUGGCCAAUAAAAAGAUGUGUUCAGUAGAGUUUGGCUUCCCGGGGUUUAAAUCUCAAGCCGUUCCCAUGAAACCACUGUCAACGGUGGCGGGGAUCCCCUUCAUGUACUCCUGGUCGCCUCUGCAGCACAACUUCAUGGUGGAGGAUGAGACGUUCCUUCACAACAUUCCCUACAUGGGUGACGAGGUCCUUGAACAGGAUGAGGCCUUCCUGGAGGAGCUCAUUGACAACUAUGAUGGUGUCCAUGGCGACAGAGAAGGGGGGUUCAUUAGUGACGAGAUCUUUAAAGAGCUGGUGGAUGCCUUGAGCCAGUAUUCUGACCAGGAUGAGGAUGAAGACGAGGGAGCCGCAGCGGUGGAAGUUACAGCCAAGAAAGAGGAAGAGAGGAUGAUGAGGAGGAGCUCAUUGGAGGGUUCGGAGGAGAAUAAAGCUGGAGUAUUAACCAGGAGAAAGAAGAGAAGUGCUGCAGAGGUGAAGGAUUUGUCCAGCAGCAAGAGGAUUCCCAGCGAUAAGAUAUUCACAGCUAUUGCCUCCAUGUUUCCCUACAAAGGCACCACGGAGGAGCUGAAGGAAAAAUACAAGGAUUUGCUGGAUCCCCCAAGUCCAGUGAAGCUGCCCCCCCUCUGCACUCCAAACCUAGAUGGACCUUUUGCAAAGUCUGUGCAGAGGGAGCAGUCGCUGCACUCUUUCCACACACUCUUCUGCAGACGUUGCUUCAAAUACGACUGUUUCCUCCACCCUUUCCAUGCAACACCCAAUGUUUACAAGAGGAAAAGCAAGGAGAUCCGCAUGGAGACCGAGCCGUGUGGGGACAACUGCUUCCUGUUGCAGAAAGGGGCCAAAGAGUUUUUGGAUCAGAACAUGCUGCGCUCGCGGAGAUCUCGGAGGCGACAGAGGCAGCAGCGUCCCACCAGCUCCAGUUGUACCGGACCUGCUGGGUCUGCCGAGGAAAGCAAGGAUGGGGACAGUGACCAUGAAACCACUUCCUCCUCAGAGGGGAAUUCCCGCUGUCAGACUCCCACCAAGCUGCGUCCAGAGGAGGAUGACGGGGAGCAGCAGGCAUGCGGUGUGGUCCAGUGGAGCGGCGCGGAGGAGUCGCUGUUCAGGGUGCUGCACGGCACAUACUUCAACAACUUCUGCUCCAUCGCCCGCCUCAUCGGCACAAAAAACUGCAAAGAGGUGUACGAGUUUGCUGUAAAAGAGGUUCUGAUUCAUCGCGUUCCUUUGGAAGAUGGAGGCAUCUCGCCACAAAAGAAGAAAAGAAAACACAGAUUGUGGGCAAAGAUCCAGCUAAAAAAAGAUAACUCGUCCAAUCAGGUGUACAACUAUCAGCCAUGUGACCACCCUGACCACCCGUGUGACAGCUCCUGCCCGUGUGUGAUGACCCAGAAUUUUUGUGAGAAGUUCUGUCAGUGUGAGCACGAGUGCCAGAACCGCUUCCCAGGCUGCAGAUGCAAGACUCAGUGCAACACAAAGCAGUGUCCGUGCUACCUGGCCGUGAGAGAGUGCGACCCCGACCUGUGCAUGACCUGCGGAGCUGCAGACCACUGGGACAGCAAAGUGGUUUCCUGUAAGAACUGCAGCAUCCAGAGAGGCCUAAAAAAGCACUUGUUGCUGGCUCCAUCAGAUGUAGCAGGGUGGGGAACAUUCAUCAAAGAGCCUGUUCAGAAGAAUGAAUUCAUCUCUGAAUACUGUGGAGAGCUGAUCUCUCAGGAUGAAGCAGACCGACGUGGAAGGAUCUACGACAAAUACAUGUCCAGCUUCCUUUUCAACUUAAACAAUGAUUUUGUUGUGGACGCCACUCGAAAGGGUAACAAAAUCCGUUUUGCGAACCAUUCUGUGAAUCCCAACUGCUACGCUAAAGUCGUGAUGGUUAACGGAGACCACCGGAUUGGAAUAUUCGCCAAACGAGCUAUCCUGCAAGGAGAAGAGCUCUUCUUUGACUACAGGUAGAGUCACGGGCCUUUUUGUGACUCUCCAUCAGCUUACAAAUACAGCCAAGCCGAUGCCCUCAAGUACGUCGGAAUCGAGAGGGAGGUGGACUUGUCUUAGCUUUGCUGCUGUACUUACAACCUGGCUUUUGUUCCUCAUCUCUGUCAUUAUGCAAGCUUUUACUGCAUUCAUCAUGCUGAUCAGUGAAAUGCAUAUGCUGUCUUUGGACACGGAUAUCAGUUUCAUGCGUUAGCUGCCGCAGUAGCUUCAGUCAGACGCUCCUCUCAUGCACCCAGCUUUCUAGAUGAUGUUGCACCCUGAUUGGUCUUCAGAAAAAAGCGUGUCCAGGUUUGACAGCUUGGUUUGUUUCUCAAUGAAUAUGUACAGCAGCUAGCAUCACAACCACAUCUAUGUGGGUUUAAAAAAAAUGUGCAUUUACGUCAGCGUUUUGCAAAAAUUAUCAAAAAAUUACAGGUAACCCGAUGAGAAACCGACUGACUGAAUGUAACGUGUUGAUGACUCGUUUUUUUUUUGUUUUUUUUUUACAUUAUUGGUACUUAAAGAAAUGUGUAUAUCUGAAAUAUUUAGCAUCAUGUGAAUAUUAUCACACAUUACCAGGCAAAUUAAUGGUAAAUAAAUUAGUCUCAGAUUAAUUGUCUUCCUUUAAAAUCGAAUUAAAAAGUGCCAAAUAAUUCCUCACGUAUAUGCUAAAUAAACUUGCAUGUGAAAUGUAGCUUGGUUUCCAUGUCAAGGUUAUAACAAUAGUGAUGUAUGAUUAUGAGUGUUUGACCAAAUAUGGGCGUCGCAUCAUGUGAAACAUUCAUUUAUCAUGUCUAUAAUUUCAGACCCACAUUAUUGUCCACACUGUUGUUCAGUUAUAAAACAAAUGGCUCACUACCUUCAAAAUAAAAGUUCUCAUGGAGCUGAACACAAUGAAGUUUAUUGCUGUGUACAGUGUAUGCUCAUAAAAAUAAAGGUUUAACUUUAUAUGAUA